AUGGAGAACGCGGCGAAGGCGAGGAUGGGCGCGGUGCCGAGCGAUCUCGCCGGGGGGCUAUCCGGCGCGGGCGCUGGCGUGAGCGGGAACAAACAGAUCGGGCGGUUCUUCGACAACCAAGGGCGGUUCAUCAACCCGGCGGGCGGGUUCAAUCCCUCGGGCGCGCCGCGGCGGAUACCGAAAGAGCACGGGCAGUGGGGGGAUUGGGAGUGCGACGCGUGCGGGGGGCACAACCGAAAGAACCGGCAGUCGUGCUUCACGUGUUUCGUCCCGAAGCCCCCGGACGCGAAGGCGGCGGUGUACACCUCCUCGGUGGGCGGGCGGAAGCUGAAGGAUUGA